AUGGCGGGGAACUUCAUGCUACUGUCCUCCCACUCCGUGCUGCUCAUGCAGCAGAUCCUCGGGAUCAAGUCCACCAGCGACUGGAUCCCCCUCAGCGUGGGCUACGCCGGGGACGGCUCGCCCUCCCUCGAGGAUAUCAUGAAGGCGAAGAAGGACAAGGCCGCCGGCGACGAGCUCUCGAUGUACUACGGCGGCGGCCAGGGAGACCAGGAUGCAGCGGCCGCAGUGGACACCGCCUCCGAGGACUCGGGCCAGCCGACCACCACCGAGGGAGACCUGGAGGAAAUGGAAGCAGUCGACACCGCCUCCGAAGACGCGGGCCAGCCGACCACCUCCGAGGGGCAGCCCGAGGGGUACGGCUACGACGGCCCGGCGCUGAACACGUCGCGCCGUCUGGACGGCCAGAUCUCGAAGAUUGUGGACGACGCGUUCGCCAAGGUCACGAAGGAUGCGCCGCCCAUCGAUGCCCCGGUGGUGAUCGACGCUCCGCAGGCCUCAGCUGCUGGAGUGCAGGCGCCAGCUGCAGCUGCUGGCGGGCAGGCCCCGGCUGCCGCCGGGCAGCUGCCGGCCAUGGGAGGCAUGAUGCCCGCCAUGGGCGCAGGCGGUGCUGCCGUCGGCGCCGCGGGCAGCGCGACGAUGCCCGGCAUGGCGGGCGGGAUGAUGCCAGGCAUGGGCGGCAUGCCCGGCAUGCCUGGCAUGGGGGUGGGCGGCGACCCCUUCGGCGGCACCUCUGGCGUCGCCGCGCUGGCCAUGCAGGGCUCGGCCGUGCUCAUGGAGCUCGGCGUCAGCAUCCAGCAGGUCGUAAAGUUGUCGCACGACAUCCUCAAGAUUUGCGUCAAGGACGACGUGAAGAGCGCCUUCAAGUUGGCAUCAGACCACAUGCACAACCUCAGUUACAUGGGUGGCCACAUCAUGGCAAACGGCGCCGACAUAUUGAACCAGCUUGCCGACGGCGUGAUUGCAUUCCAGGGCCAUCAGUACACGGAGUUCGGAAACCACGUCGGAGAGGCCAUGCGCAAGAUCGCCCUGUCGAACAACACCAACAGGACGUUGCCAGAGGGGCAGGCGGGGCAGCUUGUGUUGUCGAACCUGUCGGCUGGUCUCAUCGACGGCUUCUUCGGGGAGGGCUUCCUGCUCGACGUGUCGAUGCCGCGCGGCUCCGCCAUGCAUGUUGACCUGCACGAAUGCAUGGCGAACAACCUCGUGUUCUUUCAGUCCUUGUGGUCUGACGCCAUGUUCUGGUUCGCUAAGAAGAGCCAGGAGCACAAGGACGUCCUGAGGGAGGCGAACGUUUCAGAGGGGGAUGAGACCGCAGACGAAGUCUUGGAGGGACAGCACCACAAGGAGAAGGCGGAGUUCGGCACGGCCAUGGCGCUGACCAUGAUGCAGAUGCCCUCCGCCCUGCGCCGUUGCAAUAUCUCCAAGGAGCAGGAGGAGGCGUUCGUUGAUGCAAUGAAGACAUUUGGCGACGGCCUGAACAUGCGCCUGACGAUGCCAGGGGAGGCCGGUAUCAAGAGCCAGGCGGCGGACAACCUCGCGCAGGCAGUCAAGGACUGGACGGACAUGAAGUGGUACAGUUUCGGCAACGAUCUCGGGAAGGUGUUCCAGGAGAUGGUGACGGUGAUGUUCCCCAGCAAGUACAGCGUGGACGCGGCCGGGGGGCUGCGGCGGAUGCUGCAGGUCUUCACGUUCGGGUCGGCCGGGGAGCUCCUGGCGGCGCUCGGGUCGCAGGAGCUACUUUGGCGGCUGAGCGGGCAGCUGCGGGCAGGCCACCUGGGCCGGGUGGCGGGCACCGUCGCCUUCUGGAAGACGGCGUUGCUGCGGGCACUCGGGGCCUGA